AUGCCAUGGUUGCACUGGUUGCACUUGCAGCUCUUGCUGGUGGCGGUGCUGGCGGAUCCUGAGCUGCUGACAGAUAAAUGGAGCGGAUGUGGUGAGGUGACGUCAGAUGACGCGCCUCUCUUUUUCUCCCCGUGUGCCACGUCGGAGUGGGAAGUGCUUCUCACCGACACGAUGGCCACGCAGAAAAAGCAGAGGAACACAACAGCACUGCUUCGGCUUCCACAAAGUGACAAUCUGCAAGGAUGUAGUCCACAUCCCAGCUCACACUUUGAGAAUAGGAUCGCGCUUAUCGAGCGAGGAAGCUGCUAUUUUUCGUGGAAGGUAGUGCUGGCUGAAGAGGCUGGCGCUCUGGCUGUCAUCAUUUUCGACACUGUGGAUCCUCAGUCCACGGCGGUCCUUGCCAUUGCCGGGCCAUUUCAGAAUCCAAGGAUUGCGGCCUACUUAAUUUCGAAGGCAAAAGGUCAAGACCUAGCGGCACGUCUCGAACUCGGAGGCGACAUUGAGGUCGUGUGCAGUUGGAACCCAGUGGAGGUCUGGUAUGGCUUGCCAAAUACGUCAAGCGAAUUCAAUGACACUCUGACCCUGGAAAAUUAUGGUGAUGAGGACAUGCGCUGGGUCUUGGACGUCAUCGAUCACAACCGGACUUUCGAAAGAGAUCCGUUCUACACGGCCCAAGUGCUGUCAGCCUUCGAUGCCGAGUCCUUCUAUUCCUUUGAAGUAUUGGACCUCACUUCCUUUAACGGUUCGGUUCAGCUAGAUGAUGAUGCUGAACUCCUACGAUUGCCUUUUGUGUUCCCUCACUACCUGCAUUUCUACGAGGAAAGCUAUGUCUCUUGCAACGGUGCCCUGAUUUUUGACCCUGUCUUAGACGAAUUCACAAGACAGGCAGCAGUACUUGGUUCUGGCAAAGGACCGCAUGCGGUGCUUGCCGCGAUGUGGGGAGACUUGCUAUGCCCUGUGGGCUCCAAGAUUUCUGCACGAAAAGCAGAAGACGUGAUAGCAGUCCGUUUUGAGGGACUUCGUCAAAAAAGUGAUGUGAACCUGGCAAAUUUGACCUUUGAAGUUCGCUUGCACAGUGAUGGUCGGGUCCUGCUUUUGCUGGAAGAUUUUCCAGCGAAUGCCAGCGCACUCUCUCAGAUCCAGGUGGGUUUGCAACCUGCCACAGGUGCUCGUGCCUUGAGUGUGGACAAUUUGCCAUGGUCAACUGGACCACCUUUGGCCGUUUCCUUCACGCCUUGGCUGAUGUUGGAAAAUCUGACGAAGUAUUCGGUGCCUCCAAAUGAAUCGGUGACGUUGGGUCUGGUUUUUGAACGUCAAGAUGACCUCUAUGGUUGGCUUUUCUUCUACGCAGAGAGAAGUAUUGGCAGCUGGCACCCGAGAAGAAGCGUUCGCUUCACUCAACGUGUGUUUCGUUACUUUUGGAUUCUUGGUGCAUGGGAUGGCGGUAUGCAUAGUGGCGUGUGCAAAACGGGCUUUGUGCGACGGAGGAAUCGCACAUGUGCUGGUAGUGACGGUGACGUCUAUGAUGACAGCUUUUGCAUUGGCAGUUGCAUGGAUCAAGAUCCAGUUGUUUACUGGGACUAUCCCGAAAGAAGAGUCUGGAAGGAUGGCUACAACAACGAGUGUGAGGAUUAUCGUGUCUUGGACCUUUGCCGAGAAGAUGGUUAUGGAUCGAAAUGGCAGUCCUGGUGGGGAACCUUCAGCGACUGGGUGACCGCUGGCUUAGAUGCCAGUGCUGCCUGCUGUCUCUGCGGCGGUGGCACAACAACUCCUGCCUUACCUCAGGUCGAGGAAAACUGCCCUAGUGUCACCUGCCCAGCGAACUCUGACGGCUUCAACGUUUUGGAAGGAUGCCGCUGUCUGCCUGGAUAUCAGGGUCAGAUCAAUCGCUCUGCAGAGUAUCCAUACUUCGUUGGAGCUUGUUUACCUGUCGCAUGCCCAGAGCAUUCGUCUGGCUACGUGCCAAGUGGCUGCACUUGCAACUAUGGCUAUAUUGGAAAUAUCUCGGCCAUUGAUACAGAGCCUUUCUUUGUUGGCGGUUGUCAGGAAACUACAACUGGCACCACAAGCACCGUGACUCGGACAUCAUCCACUGCUACGAGCACCACAAGCAGCAUCAGCUCUACCACUAGCACAUCGUGGUCCGUAACCACUUCUACUUCAGCAACCUCGACAAUGACGACGCGAACCUCAAGCAGCACUUCCGUGUCAACAUCCACGAGAACCAGCUUGACAAGUACCAGCUCGACAAUAUCAACGACCACACAAACACAAACCUCUAGCACCUCUAGUCUAACAAACACAACCAGUACCAUCAGUACCACAUUCAGUACCACAUCCAGUACAUCUACUUCCACGUCAGCUACAUCCAGUACGUUCAGCAGUUCCACCAGUAGCAGCUGGACAUCUUCGUCCACGAGCCAGAGCACAACCAGCACAACGGGCACAGUGAGCACAGUUAGCACAAGUACCGUCUCAUCGACGAGUACUGUCUCAACUAUCUCACACACGAGUUCCACAACAACAUCCACAACAACAUCCACAACAACAUCCACAACAACAUCCACAACAACAUCCACAACAACAUCCACAACAACAUCCAGUAAAUCCUAUACAUUGGAUGGAAUGACUACAACAGAGCCCGGGGAGAUGUCAACUGUUGCGCCUGGAACUUCUGAAGAAUUAGACACUUCAAGUGCUUCUCAAACAGUGACCUCUGCAUUUACAGAGACUUCGAUGUCUGCAACGUCUACAGAACUCUCGACUUCAAGUGCUCCAGAAACAUCAGAAACAAGUACAUUAAGUACAUCAAGUACAUCAAGUACUUCUGGACAGCUUUCCGAGACAUCGAUAUCCUCACAAGAGACGACUGAGAUCACUGAGACCACUCAGACCACUGAGACCUCGACUCAGCUUUCCCAAACUUCUCCACUGAUCACUUUGCAGACUUCGCAGACUUCGCAGACUUCAGUGCCUCCCCAAACUUCCAGUGCAGAGACCAACACUUCGCUUGACGAAGCCUUGGACAAUUCUUCAAACUUUGACACAAACCUCACUGCUGAAGAGGACACGUCCAAUGUAACUGAGAUGGGUGUGAUGGGGCAAGCACAGUUUGCUGGUAUAGAUGACCUGGAGACGUCCUCCGCGUCGUUUUUGUUCUUCGUCUUCUUGCUGUUGCUCUUGUGGGUAGCAGCAAUGUGUGGAGGGAUUUGCUACUUCCUUUCGAAAAGCCGAUGGUGCAGACGAUCCCAGCAUGCAUCGAAGGUGACUCCAGAGGUGACUGAGGCCCCCGAGGUGGCAAAGGUGCUGCGCGGGUGGUCUGAAGGCGAUCUCUUCAUCCGAAAGGAGGGCGAGGAUCUGCUGCAAAAGCUCAAGAAGCUCUGGGCAGAUCGUCCAGGCCGUGCGUUCCGCGACAUCUUGCCGGAUCCAGAAUGCCAUCCCUCGUCGUUUGAGAGCAAUAUACGAGAUGUCCUGCAAGACUGGCGACGAGAACGGAGCGAUGCCAAGGCUACUUCUUCGGUUAGUAGGAAACUCCUUCGAAUGGCCGAUGUUGCAGAGAAUGUGGCAGUGCGUUCUGAAGCAUUCGAUUAUGGUGGCCUUAGAAAUUCCAUCGAGGAGGAGUGGCUAAAGCUCUCUCGCUCCAACUCGAAGGAGAUACAGGAUCCGACUGACUCGGCUGCUACGACUGUUUUGAUGAGACGCUCGAGUAGUAGCAUUUGCUCUGUGAACCCAGCUGGGGGCAUUUUUGCAGAGCAAGUUCUGGAGGUCUACAAGAACGCAGAGCUGUGGACCUUGCCUGAAAGUCGAGUUGCAGAUGUCAUCGACGAGUGGAGCAAAUCUUUGAGCCUUCUGGACCACCUUAGCGAAGACGCGCGAAGUGCGCUUGUACAUGAUCUACAAGAGGUCCUCUCAAGACAGCUUCGUUCCGAUCGCGAUCCAUCAUAUUUGCUGCCAGACCUAAAUCGCAUUUGGGAGCGUGCUGAAAACCAGACGAACAUGCAGGAGGCUAUUCCGGAGCUUGAACUUCCCUUCCUUGCAAAGGAGUCGCUUCGUUCAUCAAGAGGCGUGGUAAGCUCUUGCGGCGAGGAUUUGCUGCAGCGGCUGCAAGAGAGAUGGCGAGAAACAGAGAUGACAACCUCCAACGUACAUGCUGAUCUUCAGACCUUCUGCAGCGCUUGGCGCGAGGAGAAGCUCAUUGAGAAACCGGACGUGGACGAUGCUCUGCUGCGUCGGUUGGUGGGCGAACUCACGGAGGUUGUCUACAAGGUGGGAGCCCACAAAGGAAAGGUCAAGAUUACUGCUCUGAUUCCGGAGAUUGACGAAGCUUGGCAUCUGCGACUUGCAGUGGCCGAAGAAGAUGCGGUUUGGGAGGGCUCGGACAGGGCCAAGGCAAGAGUGCUCGAAUCAGAACACGGAGAUCGACAAGAUGUUGCGAAUGAAACUGAUCCGGUUGUCCUCAAGUCACUUCCAGCAAGCUUGCUAGAACUUGAGGAUGUUGAUGAAGAUGAGCUUGUACCAAUGAAGACAAAGCCAUCUAGCCAACCUGAACUUGAGGAUGUUGACGAAGACGAGCUUGUACCAAUGAAGACAAAGCCAUCUAGCCAACCUGAACUUGAGGAUGUUGACGAAGACGAGCUUGUGCCUAUGAAGACAAAGCCAUCUAGCCAACCUGAACUUGAGGAUGUUGACGAAGACGAGCUUGUGCCUAUGAAGACAAAGCCAUCUAGCCAACCUGAACUUGAGGAUGUUGACGAAGACGAGCUUGUGCCAAUGAAGACAAAGCCAUCUAGCCAACCUGAACUUGAGGAUGUAGAUGAAAAUGAGCUUGUGCCAGUGAAGACAAAGCCGUCCAGCCGACCUGAACUAUCUGAACUUGAGGAUAGUUUAGCAGCCAAGGAGCCCACACUUGAGGCAGGGUUACCUCUCAGAAAGCCACAACUGGAAGAAAUCUUACCAGAGAAGUCCCUUGAAGUUUCACCAAAUGUAGGUGGCCGUGCAACUGAGAACCAAACCAAUGAACCAGAAGUCCUGGAUGCACUGGAUGCGCAUGCACCGCAUGCACAUCUUUUGCUUGUCGAAGAGCUUGUGCACGUUUUCACUUCGCAUCAGUGGAACAGAGACGACUCGGAGCUGCAACUUGCAAAGCUAAGUGCCAGUUGGCGGGAGAAGAAAACAUCUAUUACAGCAGCGGAGGCAGCGAACUGUGCAGUGGAAGCAUGCAUGAAAGCCAGGAAUCGACCGAGCGCUGCGAACGCUGCAACAACUUCAGAGACUUGGACGCUGGACGCCGAGCUUCUUGCCUCAGGCGAAGAAUUUCUUCGAUCUCUGCUACAGGCAGAAAAUGUCCAACAGGUGGUCCAGCUUUGCCAUCGGUGGUCUGGCGGCCGAGAUGUGAAUCGCACCAUGGCCACGGAAGCUCAACGAAUGCUGCUGGCCAAGGAGCUCCUGUCCCUGGGCAACACAGAAGUGGAAGCAGCUAUUCGAACUCUUUGGAAAGACAUUGUCCAAGAAUCUGAGGAGUCCAAUCAAAAUCGCACAAGCCUUCAGGGUGACAUUUUGGCAUCAAGCAUGACGAGCAUGCAAGAGUGGAACGAUUUGAGCAAGAUUUUGGUUGAAGAAGGCGAAGCAAGCGCAGAUGAUUCGCGUGAUAUGCAAGGAGGCUCUGAGGAGUUGUUUGAUGAGGGGCAAAGCAGUGAGUGGUUAGACGCAAGCCAAGCAAUGCAGAGCGGCUCGGCAGAAGACAAAGAUUUUGGACACUGGAGAGCAGCAGCGGCUGCGUACAGUUCCUUAGUGGAUGAGGUGUUAGAGGUUUGCGAUGAUCGUCCCGACAUGAGCGUACAGGUGGUGACUCUGGUUGAUGGCUGGCAACGAAAGCAGGUCGAAAACCCUGAGGUGGCAGGGAAAGAAGAUCUUCUCACGGAUAUGGCAGAAACUACUCGAAACUUGAUCAAAUCUCAGCGACAGAAGAAGUUCACUAAAGCAUCUCUCAAAUGUCUCUUCGAACAAGCUUGGGAACAGAAGCUGCAAGAAACAGCCAAAGAAAGAACUCCUUGGACGAACUGCGAAAUUUUGUAUCGAAGGGGCGAGGCGCUGUUGAACGAGUUCGCAGAGAUCGUGAAAUCUUCCAGGCGGCAGAAGAUGAAAGGCUCUCACGUGAAACGACAGCUGGCACAGGUGGCAGAUCACUGGUGCCACAGGACGCUGGCCGCAGCUGUUGGGGCCGAUGUGGUGUCGUACAAACUGCUUCGAGACAUGGCACUGGAAGCGCAGCGGAUUUUCAUUGCCAAGGCAAAGGAGACAGCGAAGAGCGAUGGCUUCACCGCAGCGACGUUCUUGCGAACUGCCCUGCCAAAGACCCGUGAGGCUUGGAGAGCCUUGCUGGUGGGUGUUCAGGGUGACAUUGCAGAUGACUCGUGGAAGCAGUGGCUGGACUCAUGGGAAACACCCAGCGAAGUCAAGUCCAGAGAAAACGUGGAAAAAUGGAAGAAGUCCGUGAACAAAAUCAAAGGCAUCGGUGCUUUGCUGGGAAAGGACCGAAGACCGUCGCAAGUCCUUCAAGCUUUGGGCAAAUUGAAUCCUGAGGGAUCCGAAAGCUUGAGACCCUCCGGUAGCUUGAAGCCGUCGGACAGCUUGAAACCGUCGGACAGCUUGAGACCCUCCGGUAGCUUGAAGCCGUCGGACAGCUUGAAGCCGACAAGUAGCACUUCAAGGGCGUUUCAGGCCUUCAUGCCUCCCUCCAAGCAGGCUGGUGACACUUCGCAAGGAGCUGCUACAGGAAGCGCGGGAACUGCUUCAAGUUCCUUGAUAAGACAGCGAAGACCUUCAGGCGCCUCCUCUAGCAAUAUGGACAGUUGGUCACCAGACUAUGCAGGCAGCGGAGGUCGGCGGGAAUCCUCCAUCAAGCAAGAUCGCCGUGACUCGCAGGUACUAGGCGAAUUCCGCGACAUCUAUGCCCGAAGGGAGUCGCAAAUCUCCGAAGGCGCCUCCUCUAGCAAUAUGGACAGUUGGUCACCAGACUAUGCAGGCAGCGGAGGUCGGCGGGAAUCCUCCAUCAAGCAAGAUCGCCGUGACUCGCAGGUACUAGGCGAAUUCCGCGACAUCUAUGCCCGAAGGGAGUCGCAAAUCUCCGAAGGAUCUGGUAGUAUGAGUCUCGGCUUGGGCUCGCUGCCUGUGAGUUCUGCAUCGGCUGCGUACCUAGCAGUCCCAAAGCGAAAGAGUCAGCGGAGUCAGUCGGCAGUGUCACAGGGAUCCGACUUCAGCUUCACUUCGAGUACGAGCUCAAAAAGGGUGGACAAUGAGUUUGAGCGCUUGCUUCCGAAGAAGAACUCCAGCCACAAGGACUUGGCUUCGCCGUACACCAGCCCCUUUACAUCACAACAACCCAGUCCCAGGCGUAGUGUUGCAACCUCCAGUGACCAAGAUCGCUCUGCCGAUGAGUCCUCCACUUCAAGACGAGGUUCGCGGAAAAGGUCCACCUUAAAUCGCGCUGGCAGCAACUUGAUCAAGGAUGUCCAGCUGAGUUGCUCAGACUUGGGACAGCGGCCAAAGCUGAAAUGCCGCGCCAGAGGAGAGCCAGACAUUUGGAAGGAACCGAGCAAGGAAGAACUCGCAGCUGCGGCGGCUGAAAUGGAUGAUAUGGCACCUUUCAGGAAUACCGUUGGCUUCUUGGGCCUUCUGCUUCUUGGGAAGGCGCUGCCGGAUGCCGUUUUUGCCGUGCUGCGGAAUUGGGCGGGCAUCCGCGGUGCCGAGAAGUUGGACUACGCCAUGCUGGGCGCAGAUGCUCUAUUCUCGGCUGUAGGUGUUGGGCUUCUUUACACUGCCAUUGUGUUGAUGGCUCCGGGUGUCCCUGACAUCCCUGACAUCCCUGACAUCGAUGUCAGGAAGCAGUCAGAACCGCGCUCGGAUCGAUCCGAGUUUUGA